AUGAUAAAAAAACUCAAUUUAGAAAUAUCUGGUAUGAGUUGUAAAAGCUGUUCUGGUACAAUCGAAAGUACUUUACAAAAUCUUUCAGGAAUCAUAAAACCUAGUGUUCGCGUAAAUUUUUUAACUGGUAAUGCUUCGUUAAAAUUUGAUGCUAAUAAUUUAACCGUUGAUCGAAUCAAAGAUUCUAUAACUUCGAUUGGUUUUGGGGUUGAUUACGUUGAAGAAACCAAUAUUGAUAAUAAUAGUUCGAAUAAUAAGAAACAAAUUGAAAUUGAAAUUGAUGAAAAAUCUAAAAAAACUGCUAAUACUGCCAAUAACAAUGACGCAACAGAAGAUUCUGCUAAUGUUAUAACAAAAUUUUUAAUUGGUGGUAUGGGUUGUGCUUCAUGUAUAGGCACCAUUGAGACAACUCUUUUACAAUUACAUGGUGUAGCACAAGUAAACAUUAAUCUAUUAACAACUGAGGCUUCCAUAAAACACAAUCAAUCAAAAAUUGGUGUACGUGAUCUAAUGCGACAUAUUAGUGAUAUCGGGUUUGAAUCACAAUUGUUAAAAACCAACAAUAACGAUUUGCAAUUUGGAAAUCGAAUUCGUCAAAAAACAGAGAGAGAACAAAAACUUUUAAGAAAUCGAUUUUUAGUAUCAUUAUUAUUUGCAAUACCAACUUUUUUGAUAGUAAUGGUUUUCAUGAUGAUCGGACCAAAUCCUAUUAAUGAACUAUUAACCUAUCAAAUAAUCACUGGCCUGGAUGUUGAGACAUUAAUUCUUUUCUUGUUAGCAACUCCUGUCCAGUUCAUACUUGGCUAUCCAUUUUACGUAAAAGGUUUUAAAUCAUUAUAUUAUACACGAAAAGCAAAUAUGGACACCUUGGUGGCGUUGGGUACGACUGUUUCAUAUUUAGGAUCAAUGAUCAAUGUGUUGAUUCCAGUCUUUAGACGUAGCCCCGAGGCAGGUUAUCAAUUUUUUGAGACUAGUAUUUUUUUGAUUACGUUUAUUUGGUUGGGAAGGUGGAUGGAGUUGAAAGCCAAAGGUAAAACUUUCGAAACGAUCACAAAGUUAAUGGAGUUGCAACCAGAAAAGGCUAUACUAGUUGAAAUCACUUAUGAUAAAGAAAAUAACAUGAUCACUGAUGAGAAAGAAAUUGAUUUAGAAUUAGUUCAAGUUGGUGACAUUCUCAAAGUAAAUCCUGGUGCAAGAAUUCCGUGUGAUGGAAAAAUAUAUAAAGGCAUAACAACGUUGGAUGAAUCAAUGAUAACAGGUGAAUCAAUUCCAAUUACAAGAACAGUAGACGAGCCAGUAAUAACAGCAACAGUAAAUCUGACAUCAAUGAUUUGGAUGAAAGCAGAACGAGUUGGUAGCGAUACAACUUUAUCACGCAUAAUAAAAUUGGUUCAAGAAGCUCAAUCGUCAAAAAAAGCACCAAUUGAAGAAUUAGCUGACAAAAUUGCUCAGGUUUUCGUCCCAACAGUAAUAUCAAUUGCCAUUUUGGACUUUUUUAUCUGGUUCGCAUUAACCAAUUCUGGAAUAGUGCCUAGUGAUUGGAUCACGGAUAAUCUCAAUGAUACAGUGUUUUCUUUAUUUUUUGCAAUUGCCGUAUUAGUGAUCGCGUGUCCUUGUGCAAUGGGCCUGGCGUCACCUACUGCAAUAAUGGUUGGAACAGGUGUGGCUGCAAAACAUGGUAUUUUGAUCAAGGGUGGUGGCGAGGCGAUUGAGAUGGCUUAUCGACUUAAUACUAUAGCAUUUGAUAAGACUGGCACGUUAACAUAUGGCAAACCGAAGGUUGUGGCGGCCAAAUUUUUGUAUAAUAAUAAGAAAUCUGAUGAGGGUCAAACAUAUAAAUUAUCAGUAUUGAUUGAAAUCAUUAGAUUGAUGGAAUCGUCUAGUGAUCAUCCGUUGGCUCGUGCUGUUGUGCAACACAUUGAUGAGUCAUUUGCUAAACAAUCAAAUAAUUUCAUAGAGUUAGAUUCUAUCACUGAAGUUCCCGGUAAAGGCCUUGAGGCUGUUGUUAAUAUUCGAAGUAAUAACCCUCUAGUAAACGAUCUGUUACCAUCAGCAUUAACCAAUAAUGGUAGUUGUUAUGAUGUUUUUAUUGGUAAUGAAAAAUGGAUGCGUGAAAACAAUUGUAUUUAUCCAGCUGUUGCAACAAACGAAAAACCCAAAAAAGAUGGAUCAUUCAUUUUACAUCAAUGGCAAAAAUCAGAUACACCAAGGCCUGAUUCAAAGAAAACAAUUGAAAAAUUAAAAUCACUUGGUAUUGAGAUUUGGAUGAUAACUGGUGAUAAUCCUAUUACUGCUAAAGCUAUUGGUGAGCAAUUGGGUAUAGAUAAUAUUUUUUCAGAGGUGACGCCUGAAAUGAAAGCUGACAAAAUCAAAUGGUUACAACGUAAAGGUGCAACUAUAUCAACAACAAAGCAAACUAAUCAUAAUUCAUUGACAUCCUUUUAUUUUAAUAAAUUUUUAAGUUGUUUCAGCUUUAAACACCAUGAUAACAAUAUUAAAAGUACUACUAUUACUAAACAAGCAAUAGUAGCAAUGAUCGGGGAUGGUAUUAAUGAUUCACCGGCUUUGGCUCAAUCAAAUCUACCAAUCACAGUCGCAAGUGCAACAGAUGUAGCAAUUGAAUCAUCUUCGGUAAUAUUGACACGAUCAACUCUUUCCUCAUUGAUAACCUUGUUAUCAUUAUCAAAAACUAUUAUUUGGCGGAUUAGGUUGAAUUUCCUCUGGGCUUACAUUUAUAACUCAUUGGCUAUACCCAUUGCUGCUGGUGCAUUCUUUCCAUUACUCAAGCAUGGUUUAAGGCCUGAAUAUGCUAGUUUAGCUAUGGCUGCUAGUUCUACAACUGUAGUUGUUAGUAGUUUGAUGUUAAAGAAUUAUAAAGAGCCAAAAAAUUAUUAA